AACUUGGUGUUUACAGUGCGAUGGAGACGCAGAUGACAGUCGUUUUCUUCUUCAUGGUCAUGAGCUCAUCUGCUGCUGACAAAGUGACGAAGAAGCUGACAGCCACUGAAGGAGGAAACAUCACUCUACCUGUCCCUGUCAGCGAGUCAGGAUAUCUUAUAUUUAGAGGAAAAAAUAUUGCUAUGGUGAGAGAUGGAAAUCUGGAAAUACUUUUGAAAAACAUUUACAGUGACAGAAUUCUGUGGAACAAAAACACUGGACUGUUUACACUCACAGGAUUACAGAGAAACAACACAGGGGAUUAUUUUAUUGAUUUCUCCAAUGAUGAAAUUCCCUCUGCAUUUAAACUCAAAGUUUAUGCGAGCGUCCCAGUGCCAGCAGUGACCAGAGAGAGUGUGAGCGCUGACCGCUGCACUCUGCUGUGUUCUGUGGACGCAGCUGAAGAGACGACGCUGUCGUGGAACAGAGACGAGCAGAUAGUGAACAGCAGCAGCUCUGCUCUCCCUCUGCCACUCACUGUGCAGCUGCAGGACUUCAGCUCUCAGUAUAACUGUGUGGCUGAGAAUCCUGCUGAGAGGAAGAGUCACGCGCUCACUGUUGAGACUCUGUGCAGCACAGACACCACAGACGUCAACAACUACAGACACUAUAUAAUUCCACUCACCAUUGUGUCUAUUGUGAUUUCUGUCCCUGCUGUUUUCAUCAUCAUCAUGAAGAUUUGUUUUAAUUACAAGAGGACAACCAAGCAAACACAAGGCACGUCUUUUUAUUUACUGACUAAAGUUCAAUAUUGUCUACGACAAAAUCAGUUGUCUGACGCCCCUCCAGUAGAUGGCGCCCUAGGCCGCCGCCUCUAUGAUCCAUCAGCAGCCACUGACUGCACUGAUACGUCCACAGUGUACACCACACUACAUCAGUCCAGUCAGACUCUGCAGAGAUAGUGGACUCACAUGUGAAGCAUCCUCCACAUGAGGUCACUGGACUUCAUCAAUAAAACCAGCGUACUUUCUGACAACAUUGCUGUGAAUUGAGCCACAGUCGGUGGACGUGAUGCUCUUUGUGAAUAAAAAGCAACGUAAAGCUGCUGCUGAAGACUGAGGUCGCUCUGUCUUGUUGAUGAUUAUUGUGAUCGUUCACUGAAAUGUUGGCAGAUCGAGAACAAAGCGCUGACCAUGAAUCUGCUUUAUUUACACACAACUAAUGUUUCAAGAUAAAUAAGAAUAAAGAUUCUAAGGCUCAACAACGUUUGACUUUAAAUGAUAACAUGCUGGGAAGGGAAGUGAAAUGUUGAGGCUGUUAAGAAAUAAAAAGAUAAAGUAGUUCAAAGGAGCAAAUGUCCAAAUAUCUGAAGAUUUUCUUGUAAAUCAUUUUCAUUGUUAAACACAUGCUGUUAUUAUGGUUCUGAUUGCUCUGCUUUAUGUCAAGUGUCUUAUUUAAUUUUGGAAGAAAUGAAUGUUUACGUGUUGUUGACGUUUGACUGUACGACACCUUCAUGCUGCUGCUGCUUUUCUCUGUAAUAUAUUAAUAAAUGAACC